UCUUGAUUUUGAAAACUUCAAACGUUUUUCGUUCGUUGUUGCAUUGGUUGUAUUGUAAAUGUAAUUCUAAAAUAAAAUAAUUUUGCAAGACAAGUGCUAUAAUUUUGUGCGUUUAUUACAUGUGACUUUUAUAUGUUUAUUGUGAAAGUGUAGUUUGAGGAAAAUGAUUGCCCUAACCGACGACGUUUACAAAUUAUUUGAUGAAGUCCAGGACAAAAUUGCCCACAAUGUCCGCGUCAUGAUGGAAGAGCUAUGGCUGAACUGGUCGCACCUAGGAGUCGAGGACUCCACGAAGGUCAACAACAUAAACAAACUGGUGACAAUCGAGACUGAGCUUCACAGAGAUGUCAUUUCAGAGACCAGACAGAAACUCAAAACAAUGCAAGCACAAGUGGACAAACUGAAAGAAGAAACGGAAGAACUAAGCAGAUGUCUUUCGGUGGAUAUUACAAUCAUGGAAUUCAAAGAUGACAUGAUGUUAGCAGAAUACAAGAGAGAAUUGGAAGAUCAGAUUGCAGGAUAUAGAGAACAAGUAGAGCAGCGUCGCAUGAAAAUGGAAAGGCUGCUCGAAUGGCAACGCGACCUGGCCGAGAAGCUCGGUGUCACCAUCCAGGAGUUGCAGGAGAUCCCGCUCCCUUCGGAGGAGGAGCUGGACCGGCUGAAGGAUCACCUCGAAGUCUUGCAGGCAGAGAGAGACAAGCGCGCUGAGAUAUUCCUGAACACGCAAGUGGAGAUUAAGGAUAUCAUGGACAAGCUCCAAAUCAAGCCGCAAAACAAGUUCGAGCACAUCGCGGUGACGUCACUGUCUGUAGACUUCAAGGUGACAGACUUGAACAUGGACCGCCUCGCCAAGCUUCAGCAGGAGUUGCAGGAGCGAUUCGAGCAGACCAACAAUAGGGUGCUAGAACUCCGCGAACGGCUGUCCAAGCUGUGGGACUGUUUGGACGAGGACCAGGUGUACCGCGAGAACUUCCUGCACGCUCACCCCGGCUGCCACCCUCGCAGCGAGGCUGCCAUCAAGGACGAGAUCCGCCGCUGCGACCAGAUCAAGCGGCAGAAGAUACAGGUGUUCGUAGCCAACGUCCGUACUAAAAUAAAGCUGAUGUGGGACAGCGUGAUGUAUUCCCCGCAACAGCGCGAGGAGUUCGUGCACUACUUCCAGGACAUCUUCACGGAGGAUACGCUCACGUUGCACGAGCUGUAUUUGGACAAGAUCACCAAGUUCUACAGUGAGAACAAGUACGAGCGCCACAACAAGCUGUCGGCUCGCAAGCAGGCGCUGACGCCGACGACGCCGCUUCUGCGCUCGCUGGCCACGUCGCCGCUCGGCAAGCGCAACCGAACUGCCGCCGGGCUCGCCGCCACUGCUGAGAAGAACAGGCCGUCCAAGCGUCAGCUGAUGACUGGCAGCGCUACCAAAGCUGUCACCACCAUCUCCAACAAUCUGUCUGCCCUCAAGAGAUCUGCCAUAUCCACUGUCAAGAGGCGCAUUAGCGGUCGUCUGGCCACCCGCGCUAUCGUAGAGAGUAAGGGCGAUCACGCGAAACGCAAGUUGGACUACGGAGGAGAGCUCAAGAAAACACCCAAAGUCAACGGCAGCAUUCUCAAGCACAAGCGUACGUCUCACGGCAAGCGGCGCAGCACCUCGCGCCGUUCCACCAACGCGACGGCCUCCAGCCAAGAGGAAGAACACAAGCACAAAGACCCUCUCAUGGAGACUACGCUGCUCACUACGUACACAGAUUUCAAGGACAACAUCAACGAGAAGCAAAUCAGCCGUAGUUCGAUGGCGAAUACUAGAGGUCACGAGCCGCUCCUCCCAACCAUCGUCUUCUCAGCGAUCGACGAGAAAAAAACGCCCACCACCCCCAAAAAAACUGCAAAAGUUCCCACGCCCCUCACCCCCAAAGUCGGCAAGGAAAACAUCCAACACGUCAACGUGCCUAUAACCCCUAAAAGCAACCUUCUAUACACCCCUACUAGAUUAACGCGAUCAGCUCUGAAGCUAAAUAACGACGGUUUUGCAACUCCAAGAGCGCCGCUGAGUGCGAACAAAGUCAACCUGCAACGACAAAACACGGUAUCGAGUAUGUCAGUGAAAACUACCCCCAAUAAUGUCAGCCGGUCGAAGUCACACACUCAUUUGGUGCGGGCCAAGAAUCUACCGCCGCUUAUUUGAGAUUAAGACUGAUGUCGCGUUCACGUA